GAGCGCCAAUCAAGUCCCGUAAAUUGAGCACUGCGACCAUGGAUCAAAUCCCGGUGGAUAAAGUUCCUCACCGGACGAUGGCUACAGAAGGGCCAUUAUGGAAAAAAGUGCAGUCAUUUACGGGAAGAAUUCCAUGGCCGAGGCACGGGCAUCGCGCUGCAGCUAUCCGGGAACUCAUUAUCGUCUUUGGAGGUGGAAACGAGGGGAUAGCGGAGGAUCUCCAUGUUUACAACACUGUGUCCAAACAGUGGUUUCUGCCCGCGGUGAGAGGGGAUAUUCCACCCGGCUGUGCGGCCCAUGGCUUCGCUUGCGAGGGGACGCGCGUCCUUAUCUUUGGGGGCAUGUUGGAGUUUGGAAAAUACAGCAACAGCAUUUAUGAACUACAGGCUAGCCGCUGGCUGUGGAAAAGACUGAAACCGAGGCCCCCUAGAAACGCUUUACCACCAUGUCCCCGCAUUGGUCACAGUUUCACCCUUUUUGGAAACAAGUGUUACAUGUUUGGGGGAUUGGCCAAUGUCAGCGAGCACCCUAACCGCAAUGUCAUGAGGUACUUGGAUGACUUCUAUGAGCUAGAGUUGCAGUCCGUGUCAGGGGUGAAGGGCUGGACCAUUCCAGAAACCAAGGGGGGUGGCCCCUCAGCCAGGGAGUCCCACACAUGCGUGGUCUACAGUGGAAUGGGCUCUCCCAAACUCUACAUCUAUGGAGGAAUGACUGGCCAUCGGCUCAAUGACCUCUGGCAGCUUGAUUUGGACUCCAUGAUAUGGUCCUGUCCCGAAACCAAAGGACCCAACCCACUACCAAGAAGCCUGCACUCUGCCAACCUCAUAGAUAACAAGAUGUAUGUGUUUGGGGGAUGGGUCCCUGUUGCAGAGUCUAAGGAGUCUGACAAUUCAGAUGCUGAAUGGGCAUGCAGUGGCUCGCUGUCUGCUCUCCACCUGGACACCAUGACAUGGCAGAGCUUCAGUCCGGAGGAGUCAGCAGGCCAACGGGAGGAGUCAGCAGGCCAGCGGGAGGAGUCCCAGGCCAGCGGCCCCCGGUCCAGGGCAGGCCACUGUGCCGCCACCAUCGGCUCCCGUCUCUACAUCUGGAGCGGACGAGAUGGAUACAGGAAGAACUGGAACAACCAGGUGUGCCGCAAGGACCUGUGGUACCUGGAGACAGAGCGUCCCACCACCCCUGUGGCCGUGUUGCUGGUCAAGUCCACCAUCAGCAUGCUCCACGUAGCCUGGCGCCCCCUACCUGCAGCAGAGUGCUAUCUCCUCCAGCUCCAGCCCCUAUCCACCUCCAGUGCCCCCCCCGCUGGCUCUGCUCUCCCGCCCAGCACCGAGGACCAAGGGGGGCCCCAACUGGAGCAGCCAGGUGCCUCUUCCAUCCAGGCCACAGAGGAGGCCUCGUCAGAGGGCCCACAGGAGCAGGACUCCUUCAUGGAGGUGUCUGAGAGUGACCCCCGGGCAGGAGACCAGAGCGAUGCAGCUGGAGACAGCCAGGGGGCAGCAUCCACACAACCCUCCUCGCUAGGAUCUCCAGAACAGGAGCUUGAGCCCUCGGUGACCUCCAGGCCCCUGGACUCAGAAGAGGGCAGCGCACCCCAGUGCCAGCCAGCACCAAAAGACCCCAGCGACAAACCUUGCUCUGAUCCCAGCUCUCACACAGACCAGGUUCCUGGGGAGAAGCCAGAGGAUGUGAGGUGGUACGAUGUGGGCGUGUUCAAAUCGCUCUUCUGUGAGGUCACCCAGUACUACCUGUCUGAGGAAGACCAGGGUGCCGCCUCCAAUAGCCAGCCCAGCAACACUCAAGAGGUGCAGCUGCCAGGGCCCCAGGACUACGAGGGGAGGACAGCCCAGCCCCUGGCUCCUGGCCUCACUUACAGGUUCAGGGUGGCUGGCAUCAACAGCUGUGGCCAGGGAGACUUCAGCCCCUCCAGUGAAUUCAAGACCUGCCAGCCUGGUUUCCCUGGGGCGCCCUCUGCUGUCAAGAUCACCAAGGCCAACGACUCGGUCCACAUCACCUGGGAGUCCCCAUCCUCCCCCUCCGGCAGGAUCCUGGAGUACUCCAUGUACCUGGCUGUGAAGAAGAGUCGUCCCAGCUCCAGUGAGCGCCCAGGCCAGUUGGCCUUCAUCAGGAUCUACCGCGGCACCAAGACCUUCUGCACCGUCAGCCCCGCCCACCUGGCCAAUGCCGACAUCGACUGCUCCGCCCCUAACCGUCCCGCCGUCGUGUUCCGCAUCGCGGCCAAGAACGAGCAGGGCUACGGCCCUGCCACGCAGAUCCGCUGGCUGCAGGACAUGGUAAAGCAGGGAGCUUCAUCCUCGAGACCAGACAGCCCUGCAGAGCCUGAGGAGCAGGAUACUGCUGACAGCUCUAGCUGAACACCAUGAACGGUACAAGACGCUCUCCUGGAUACAGCAGACACAGCAAGGUGUCGCUCAAAACCAUCAACAAGUCCUGCACACAAGUGCUGUAGGGGAUACCUUAUUCUGUUGAUUUUUAAUUUAUUUUUUAUAUAUAUAUAUAUUUUGCUAUUGUACAUAGUUGUUGUAUAGUUGUUGUUGGUAUUAUUUCCAUUGUUUUGGGCCAACUGAAAUAUUGUUAUUAUUUUCAUUUGUUUUGGCCCAACUGAAAUAUUGUUUUGUUUAAGUAAAAGCACUGUUUGCUUGCCGGAUUUUGUUUGUUUGUUAUUCCUGUGCAUUACGCUGGGCCAAUUUUGAGAUGAUGUUGAUUUUAUUAACAAGCCAUUGGUGUAGUGAGUGAUUCCUGUGCAAAAAUACUCUUAUGAAGAGUUAAAUGUGCCUUAAUGCAUAAAACGAGCAUAGAUGAGUGUUUCCAUUGUCAGUUGGGUUUUCAAAAGUUACACAGGAUGCCUGUGUUUGGUUUUCAGUUUGGUUGUUUUUAUGGAUUCAGGGAAUGGGAGGAGAAAUUAGUUUUGUGUUCAGAGUUGUAGUUCAUACAUAUCUUGAUAUUAUUUGACAUGGUAUUAUAUGAUUGCUGUAUGAAUAUGAUUUCUGUAUGAAUUUCAGUCAUGGCAUAUAAUAUUCUGUUUAAGCCACUUCAUCCAAGUCACGCAUUUCAGUACAUUUGUAAAUGUAUGGCUGUUGCCAUAGUCAUCUGCUCUGUUAUAUUUUAUCAUACUGAGAAGUAAACUUGUGUGUCUGUUACAACUUCAUAUGUGCUCCCUCUCAUAACAAUUAUACGUCUGACUGGAGAAUCUCAUGGUUAUCGUUUUUUAUGCUGACAGACACUAGAGCAGCUUCAAUGUUCAUGUGUUUGAUACAAUCUAAUCUUAUCAGAAAUAUAAAAAACGGAUUGUUACUCAGUAUGUACUCUAGCUCUAGACUAAUUUCGCCUUUCCCAAAAUGAUCCCUGUGCAGGAGAGAAUUGUGUUUUAGCACUUCUGUUUUGUCGUAAGGAUGCGUGACAUCCGAAUGAUUGUAAUUUGUGUAUUUAAAACUUUCUGCCGCUUCGCAGUGCAGUAAAAAGGGGAGGAGAAAAUUCACUGAGUAUAUAAGUCGACAUUUCAGAUUUUAAUGAAAAAUAAACACAUUUG